GGGAUUGGUUCAGGCUGAGAGACAGUAAAAUUCGGAAAGCAGGAGGAUACUUCGAGCACAGGACGCUUUAGCCGUGAAUUAGCCAGGGUUAGGAGCUCCUCCGGCGGAGGCUGCGGCUGCGACAGCCAAGCCGUGGAAGGGACCUGGCAGCCCCCGAGCUCGGAGCAAAGGCACCGCUCUCUCCUCGCUCCCCUGCUCCCCCACCCCCUUCUCUGCCCCUUUCACCCUCCCUCUCCCUGGCGUUCCCAGCAGCCUAGGGUUUCAGAUGUCCCACCGUAGUUUGACCCCCUCCCCCCUCUUCUCCACCCCUGCAAAUGAGGUUUGACCAGCAGAGGCAGAGCCUACCUCUGGCUUAGAAUCACUGACAUUUCGACUCCAGGCUUCAACCUGUUUACAAGUGGACUCUGCAAAGGAAGGGGGUGGGGGAUAGGGCCAAACAAAACACCAGCCACCGUCCCCCAAAACAAAAAGUGACUUUCAAAUCGGCAGGCACCACUAAAAAGAGAAAGGAAGAGAGGGAAGAAAACGACGGCGACUGGGCAGCUGCCUCCGGUUCUGACAACUCCAAAGGGAUACACUUUUAGAAGUGGCUCGCAGGCUGGGGCUCCGCAGAGAGAGACCAGGAGGUGCCAGCCGCAGAGGGGUACAGAUAUCUCCCCCUGUCCCUCACCCCACCUCCCUUGGGUUUUGUUCACCGUGCUGUCAUCUGUUUUUCAGACCAUUUUGGCAUCUAACAUGAAGAAAGGAGUAAAGAAGAGAACAAAGUAACUCCUGGGGGAGCGAAGAGCGCUGGUGACCAACACCACGACCGCCACCACCAGCUCCUGCUGCUGCGGCCACCCACAUCCACCAUUCACUGGGAGACUCCAGAGGCUUAGGCAGCGGAUCCGAGAAAGGAACGAGGGGAGAAAGCCGGCUUUUCCGAGGAGUUAUGGAUGUUGGUGCAUUCACUUCUGGCCAGAUCCGCGCCCAGAGGGAGCUAACCAGCAGCCACCAACUCCAGCUCUCUCCUUGCCUUGCACCAGGUCUUACCCUUCCAGUAUGUUCCUUCUGAUGCGACAAGUUCCAGUUCCGAGAGUUUCAGUACAAUGUGGAAAUGGAUACUGACACAUUGUGCCUCAGCCUUUCCCCACCUGCCCGGCGGCUGCUGCUGCUGCUGCUUCUUGUUGCUGUUCUUGGUGUCUUCCAUCCCUGUCACCUGCCAAGCCCUUGGUCAGGACAUGGUGUCACCAGAGGCCACCAACUCUUCCUCCUCCUCCUCCUCCUCUCCUUCCAGCGCGGGAAGGCAUGUGCGGAGCUACAAUCACCUUCAAGGAGAUGUCCGCUGGAGAAAGCUGUUCUCUUUCACCAAGUACUUUCUCAAGAUUGAGAAGAACGGGAAGGUCAGUGGGACCAAGAAGGAGAACUGCCCGUACAGCAUACUGGAGAUAACAUCAGUAGAAAUCGGAGUUGUUGCUGUGAAAGCCAUUAACAGCAACUAUUACUUAGCCAUGAACAAGAAGGGGAAACUCUAUGGCUCAAAAGAAUUUAACAAUGACUGUAAGCUGAAGGAGAGGAUAGAGGAAAAUGGAUACAAUACCUAUGCAUCCUUUAACUGGCAGCAUAAUGGGAGGCAAAUGUAUGUAGCAUUGAAUGGAAAAGGAGCUCCAAGGAGAGGACAGAAAACACGAAGGAAAAACACCUCUGCUCACUUUCUUCCAAUGGUGGUACACUCAUAGAAGAAGGCAAUGUUUGUGGAUGCAGUAGAACCAAUGGCUCUUUUGCUGGGAAUAGUGGAUAUUCUUCAUGAAGACAGUAGCUCGAAAAGCAAAGACACAUUGCAGAUGUCUGCUUGCUUAAAAGAAAGCCAGCCUUUGAAGAUUUUUGUACUCACUGCUGACAUAUGAUGUUCUUUUAAUUAGUUCUGUGUCAUGUCUUAUAAUCAAGAUAUAGGCAGGUCGAAUGGGAUAGAAGUUAUUCCCAAGUGAAAAACACUGUGGCCGGGUUUUUGUUGUUGUUGUUGUUGUUGUUGUUGUUGUAGUUAAGUUUUUGUUUUUAAACCUCUGAGAUAGAACUUAAAGGACAUAGAACAAUCUGUUGAAUGAAUGAUCUUCGGGAAAGUUAUUUAUGGAAUAAGAACUCAUAUCAAAGACUUCAUUGAUCAUUCAAGCUUAAUGAAUCAAUGAGCAGUAAUACAUGCAAGCAUUUACUGGAAAGCACUUGGCUCAAGUCACAUGCACAACCAAAGGAGUUUUGGAUGUGGUCUCAUGGAAGAAUUAAAUAGAAUUUAAAAAUAUAAACAUGUUAGUGUGAAACUGUUCUAACAAUACAAAUAGUAUGGUAUGCUUGUGCAUUCUGCCUUCAUCCCUUUCUAUUUCUAAGUUAUUUAUUUAAUAGGAUGUUAAAUAUCUUUUGGGGUUUUAAAGAGUAUCCUCAACAGCUGCCUUCUGAUUUAUCUUUUCCUUUUCUUCAGCACACCAUAUGCAUGUUCAUGACAAAGUGUUUUUAAAACUUGGCCAACACUUCAAAAAUAGGAGUUGAGAUUAGGGAAGCAGUAUGAGUGCCUGCGUGCUAUCAGUUGACUUAAUUUGCACUUUUGCAGUAAUAACCAUCAACAAUAAAUAUGGCAAUGCUGUGCCAUGGUUUGAGUGACAGAUGUCUGCUAUCAUUUGAAAGGAUAUAUUACUCUGGAGGCUUCCUGUCUCAAGAAAUAGACCAGAAGGCCAAAUUCUUCCCUUUCAAUACAUCAAUUUGUCUCCAAGAAUAUACGAAAAAAAGGAAAAUUUACUAAAUACAUUUAAGCAGCCUAACCUCAUUAUUUACUCAUGAUUUUUUGCUGUAUGUCAUGGUGGUGAAGAGGCUGUUCCAUUUGUAAAAAAUCUCUGUAAGUCCCACAUGAUGCAUCUUUCCCAAAGAAACUAUCAAAGAAUUUGGUAUGAAGUGCAAAUCUCCCAGGGGCUUAAACUGAGCAAAUUAAAUAUAUACUGGUAUAUGUGUAACCAUAUACAAAAACCUGUUCAAGCUGUAUGAUCUAGUCUUUACAAAACCAAAUAAAACUUGUUUUCUAUGAAUUUAAAGAGCUUUACAAGGUUCUAUAAUGUAAUCAUAUCAAAAUUCAUUUUGUUAGAGCAGGUAUAGAAAACAGUACAUAAGAGUUUACCAAUCAUCAUCACAUUGUAUUCCACUAAAUAAACACAUAAGCCUUAUUUGCAGUGUCUGUAGUGAUUUUAAAAACGUAGAAAAAUAUUAUUUGUUCUAAAUACUUUUAAGCAAUAACUAUAAGAGUAUAUUGAUGCUGCAGUUUUAUCUUCAUUUUUCUUGUUUUGAAAAGUGUUUAUUUUUAUUGUUAGGACACAGUAUUUUGGUACCAAAAAAAGACGCACUAAAUGUGUCUUUUUACUAAAGUUUAACCUCUGGAAAGGCUGAUGUUCUGUGAUUUUCUUACAAACUUAUUUGUGUCAAUGCUUAACCAGUCAUUCCAGGUAAUCUGUUAUUUUAAAAAUUGCUUUAUUAAGAAAUUUUUUGCAUAAAGUAAACCCAUAAAAGUUCGUUAUUUCUCCUAUUCUUCAAAAAAAAUUGUAUUUCAGAAGAAACAUAUUUGAGGCACUGUGUUUUGGCUUAUAGCUUAAAUUGCAUUUCAUCAUACUUUGCUUCCAACUUGCUUUUUGACAAAUGAGAUUCUAAAAAUGUUUAAUUUUGUGGUUGGAAUCUGGAUGUUAAUAUUUAAUUGGUAGUUGAGUCUGUGAGCUAUAAUGUAAUGCAUUCCUAUCAAAACUAGGUAUCUUUUAUUCCUUUGUUUUAAAACAAUAAUUGCACCUGACACAUGAACAUAGACCACCCACAACCAAAAUUAAAUGUUUGGUGAGAUAAAUACACUUUGGACAACCACAGUGACAGCAAAUAGGGCACAGACUGAAUUCUUAUUUUACAUAGCCAUUUAGAUUACCAAAGAGACUAUGUGUAAACAGUCAUCAUUAUAGUACUCAAGACACUGAAACGGCUCUUGCAAAAUGUAUUAAAGGUUGCAGAUGCCAAAAAUAGAUAACAUUUCCCUGUCUCUCCCACACCAACCCCCCCACCCCCACUUAGAGAAAGACAAGAAACUGGCCUGGAACGGUGGCUCACACCUGUAAUCCCAGCUGUUUGGGAGGCUGAGGUGGGAAGAUGGUUUGACCAGGAGUUCUAGACUGGCCUGAGAAACCUAGUGAGACAUCCUUCUGUUAAAAUAAAACAAAACAAAUGUAGUCAUGUGUGGUGGCAUGUACCUGUGGUCCCAACUACUCAGGAGGCUGAAGCAGAAGGAUCUCUUGAGCCCAGGAGCUCGAGGCUGCAGUGAGCUUUAAUCUUGCCAGUGCACUCCAGCCUGGGUGAAAACGAGCCAGAAAGACAGGAAAGAGAGAAAAGACAGGAAAGAUAAGAAAGAGAGAAAAGACGGAAGGAAGGAAGGAAGGAAGGAAGGAAGGAAGGAAGGAAGGAAGGAAGGAAGGAAAGAAGGAAGGAGGAAGGAAAGGAAAGGAGAAAGAGAUAAGAAAGAAAGAUUGGUAAGGAGUAAUGACAUUAUUUGGCAUUUAAAAGUGUCAUAUUUGCUUGAUAUUGAAAUAGAAUUCUGGUUCCUAUUGCAACUACAAGUUUCAGCCCUGAAUGUUGUAGGUUUAAAAAAAAAUGGGAGAUUUUGAGAGCUCUGCCGCUGCAGGAGUAUGGCCCCUAGCCCACACAGUUAAGGUAUAUUAGCCACAAAUAUGUGUCCAUUUGAGUUUUGGUUCUGAGAAUACUCCUCAUAAAGAUAUAGAAUCACUCCCUCCUCCUACCUCCCAAAAGGCUGCACAGUGUAUAGUAUGUUACAUUUAAAUAAAAACAAUAAAAAUGCUUCGAAAAGAAAAUUUAAA